UUGGACCUUGUAACGGGAGGGGAGCUUGGAUGCGUGUCCAGGAGGAGUGACACGUGUGGAUUAGGGUACAUCCAGGGGCAAUUCCACUUUUAAUUCGUUUUAAGUUCAUAAAGGUUUAAUUGGUCAAGAAUUGUUUUCCCUCCACAAAACCGCAAACAUGGGACGAGGAGAAGGACGGGAACAGUAUGAACUGGCAGCGACCUCCGAGCAGGGGGGCAAGAAGAAGAAUGCCAAGGCAUUGAAGAAGGAACGGGACAUGGAUGAGCUGAAGAAGGAAGUCGAUCUGGAUGACCAUAAACUGACCCUGGAUGAACUCAACCGCAAAUAUGGCACUGACCUGAGCAGGGGGUUAUCCAGUGCUAAAGCUGCAGAGAACCUUGCCCGUGAUGGCCCCAAUUCCCUGACCCCUCCUCCCACUACUCCGGAGUGGGUGAAGUUCUGCAAGCAGAUGUUUGGCGGGUUCUCCAUGCUGCUGUGGACUGGCGCUCUCCUCUGCUUCCUGGCCUACGGAAUCCAGGCAGCGAUGGAGGAUGAGCCGGCUAAUGAUAACUUGUACCUGGGUGUCGUGCUCUCGGCUGUCGUCAUUGUCACCGGUUGUUUCUCCUACUACCAAGAGGCCAAAAGUUCAAAGAUCAUGGACUCAUUCAAGAACCUGGUCCCGCAGCAAGCCCUAGUUGUACGUGAUGGCGAGAAGAAGAACAUCAACGCUCAAGAAGUGGUGGUUGGAGAUCUUGUUGAGGUGAAAGGAGGAGACCGGAUCCCAGCUGACUUGCGUAUCAUCUCCGCCAGCGGCUGCAAGGUGGACAACUCCUCCCUCACUGGUGAAUCCGAGCCCCAGACUCGUACUCCGGACUUCUCCAAUGACAACCCCCUGGAGACCAGGAACAUUGCCUUCUUCUCAACCAACUGUGUUGAAGGAACUGCCAGAGGUAUCGUCAUCAACACUGGUGACCGCACUGUCAUGGGUCGUAUUGCUACCCUUGCCUCGGGCCUGGAGGUCGGACGGACCCCCAUCUCCAUUGAGAUUGAGCACUUCAUCCACAUCAUCACCGGUGUGGCUGUCUUCCUGGGCAUGUCUUUCUUUGUUCUCUCCCUGAUCCUGGGAUACUCUUGGCUGGAGGCUGUGAUCUUCCUCAUUGGCAUCAUUGUUGCCAAUGUGCCUGAGGGUCUCCUGGCCACUGUAACAGUCUGUCUGACUCUGACGGCCAAGCGGAUGGCCAAGAAGAACUGCCUGGUGAAGAAUCUUGAAGCUGUGGAGACCCUGGGCUCCACCUCCACCAUCUGCUCUGACAAGACCGGAACCCUGACCCAGAACAGAAUGACCGUGGCUCACAUGUGGUUCGACAACCAGAUCCAUGAGGCCGACACCACAGAGAACCAGAGUGGUACCUCCUUCGACAGGAGUUCUUCCACCUGGGCUGCCCUGGCAAGAGUCGCUGGCCUGUGUAACCGUGCCGUUUUCCUGGCAGAACAGAGCAAUGUUCCUAUCCUCAAGAGGGAUGUGGCUGGUGAUGCCUCAGAGUCUGCCCUGCUGAAGUGUAUUGAACUCUGCUGUGGGUCUGUGCAAGGAAUGAGGGACCAGUACAACAAGGUCACCGAGAUCCCCUUCAACUCCACCAACAAAUACCAGCUCUCUGUUCACCAAAACAAAAAUGAGGGAGAGUCGAAACACCUGCUGGUGAUGAAGGGCGCCCCUGAGAGAAUCCUGGACCGCUGCUCCACCAUCCUGAUCCAGGGAAAAGAACAGCCCCUGGAUGAUGAGAUGAAAGACGCCUUCCAGAACGCCUACAUGGAACUGGGUGGUCUGGGAGAGAGAGUGCUGGGUUUCUGUCAUUUCCAUCUCCCUGAUGACCAGUUUGCUGAGGGCUUUCAGUUUGAUUGUGAAGAGGUGAACUUCCCCACUGAGAACCUGUGCUUCGUUGGCCUAAUGUCCAUGAUUGACCCACCUCGGGCAGCUGUGCCUGACGCUGUUGGCAAGUGCAGGAGUGCUGGAAUCAAGGUUAUCAUGGUCACUGGUGAUCAUCCCAUCACUGCCAAGGCCAUUGCAAAGGGUGUGGGCAUCAUCUCUGAGGGCAACGAGACUGUGGAGGACAUCGCUGCUCGUCUGAACAUUCCAGUCAAUGAAGUUAACCCCAGGGAUGCCAAGGCCUGUGUGGUCCAUGGUGGUGACCUCAAGGACCUGACAGCUGAACAGUUGGACGACAUCCUGAAAUAUCACACCGAGAUCGUAUUUGCCAGAACCUCUCCUCAGCAGAAACUGAUUAUUGUGGAAGGCUGCCAGCGCCAGGGGGCCAUCGUGGCUGUGACCGGUGACGGAGUGAAUGAUUCUCCUGCCCUAAAGAAGGCUGACAUUGGCGUUGCUAUGGGAAUCUCUGGAUCGGACGUCUCCAAGCAGGCAGCUGACAUGAUCCUCCUGGACGACAACUUUGCAUCAAUCGUUACUGGUGUUGAAGAAGGCCGUCUGAUCUUUGACAACUUGAAGAAGUCCAUCGCCUACACCCUGACCAGUAACAUUCCAGAAAUCACACCAUUCCUCCUCUUCAUCAUAGCCAACAUUCCACUGCCCCUAGGAACUGUUACCAUCCUCUGCAUCGACCUGGGAACUGACAUGGUCCCUGCUAUCUCCUUGGCCUAUGAAGCUGCUGAAAGCGACAUAAUGAAAAGACAGCCCAGAAACUCCAAAACAGACAAACUGGUCAAUGAAAGACUUAUCAGCAUAGCCUACGGUCAAAUUGGUAUGAUCCAGGCUUUGGCAGGGUUCUUCACCUACUUUGUGAUCCUUGCUGAGAACGGGUUCUUACCCUCCAAACUGCUAGGUAUCCGUGUGGAGUGGGACAACAAAUUUUGCAACGACCUAGAGGACAGCUAUGGCCAGCAAUGGACUUAUGAACAGAGAAAGAUUGUGGAGUUCACCUGCCACACAGCAUUCUUUGCCAGUAUAGUAGUUGUACAGUGGGCUGAUUUGAUCAUCUGUAAGACCAGGAGAAACUCAGUCUUCCAACAGGGAAUGAGGAACAAGAUUCUCAUCUUCGGCCUGUUUGAGGAGACAGCCCUGGCUGCCUUCCUGUCUUACUGCCCUGGAAUGGGCAUCGCCCUCAGAAUGUACCCGCUCAAACCCAACUGGUGGUUCUGCGCCUUCCCAUACUCUCUCCUCAUCUUUGUUUAUGAUGAAAUCCGAAAGCUGAUCAUCCGACGCAGCCCAGGAGGUUGGGUGGAGAGGGAGACCUACUACUAGAAAGCAUCCAGUUUGCAUCGCUCAAGUUUUUUUGCAUGGUUGUCUUGCUGCUCGGAAUUUUAACUUCUGUAAUAUGUGGAUGUGUUUUUAUAUAGGGAAUGCUUGAUACUAAAACACUGAGAUCGUGAUGAUGAACCAAGACAUUGACAUUGCGUGCCUUGUUUCUGGAACAAGACCAAUUUUAUACAUGUUUUUAACAGUAAUAUAAAUAAACUUUCAGUCAGGUCCCA